CUCAUUUCAUUGGAGAUUACGAGUCUUUGCAGAACAGCAGCUACUCUACGCAUGCGCACUCAAAGCACUGUGGCAGGAGAAAAGCAAGGACGCAAGCGCUCGGGACGAGUGUGGCAUCUGCACAUGCGCAGUACCUAAGAGUAGAGAAGGGGACAGGGAGAAGAGCGUCUGCGCGCUUGUGGAAAACAGCACAGUAUUUUCUCUCUCGGCAAAAGAGCGCUUGUUUUAACACAACACAUCAUGGCCUCUGCUUCCAAAUCUUUCCUGGCUGAUGCCGGUUACGGGGAGCAAGAGCUGGAUGCUAAUUCCGCCCUCAUGGAGCUGGAUAAAGGUCUCAGAUCUGGCAAGCUGGGGGAACAAUGUGAAGCUGUUGUCCGUUUUCCUAGGCUCUUUCAGAAAUAUCCAUUCCCAAUUCUAAUUAAUUCAGCAUUUUUAAAGCUAGCUGAUGUUUUCAGAGUUGGAAACAACUUUCUGAGGCUCUGUGUUCUGAAAGUUACACAGCAAAGUGAGAAGCACUUGGAAAAGAUCCUGAAUGUGGAUGAGUUUGUGAAAAGAGUUUUCUCAGUUAUUCACAGCAAUGAUCCAGUUGCUCGAGCCAUCACACUCAGGAUGUUAGGCAGUAUGGCAUCUAUAAUUCCAGAAAGGAAGAAUGCACAUCACAGUAUUCGCCAGAGCCUGGACUCUCAUGACAAUGUAGAGGUUGAAGCCGCUAUAUUUGCUGCAGCUAACUUUUCUGCCCAGUCCAAAGAUUUUGCUGGAGGCAUAUGUAACAAAAUCAGUGAAAUGAUUCAAGGUUUAGCCACUCCGGUAGACUUGAAGCUGAAGUUGAUUCCCAUCCUGCAGCAUAUGCAUCACGAUGCAAGUCUGGCUUCCAGUGCCCGUCAGCUGCUGCAGCAGCUGGUAACGUCCUAUCCUUCCACCAAGAUGGUCAUUGUUACUUUGCACACCUUUACCUUGCUUGCUGCCUCCUCUCUAGUUGAUAUUCCCAAACAGAUACAGCUCCUGUUGCAGUACUUAAAGAAUGACCCAAGGGAAGCUGUAAAGAGGCUUGUUAUCCAGGAUCUAAAGUUACUUGCAAAUAAAACCCCACAUACAUGGAGCAAAGAAAAUAUUCAGGCACUCUGUGAAUGUGCUCUUUAUACUCCUUACGACAGCUUGAAGCUAGGCAUGCUAUCUGUACUUUCCACGCUGUCGGGGACGAUAGCCAUCAAGCAGUACUUCAGCAUUGCUCCAGGAGCUUCAGCAAAUACCGCAAGAUCAUCUGAUCUGGUUAAACUAGCACAGGAGUGCUGUUACCAUAAUAACCAGGGUAUAGCGGCUCAUGGAGUGCGGGUUCUGACAAAUAUAGCUUCAUCCUGCCAGGAUAAAGAAUUUUUGCCAUUGGAGCAAGAUGCAGUUUUUGGACUUGAGUCCCUUCUUGUUCUUUGUAGCCAAGAUGGCAGUCCAGGUGCUCAAGCAACUUUAAAGAUUGCACUCACCUGCAUGGUGAAGCUGGCUAAGUGUCGUCCCCUUCUGAGCCAGUCCAUUGUUGAGUCCUUGUUGACCCAGCUACACAGUGCUCAAGAUGCUGCCAGGAUUCUCAUGUGCCAUUGCCUGGCAGCCAUUGCCAUGCAGUUACCUGUCUUAGGGGACGGGAUGCUCGGAGACCUGAUGGACCUCUAUAAAGUGAUUGGACGGUCUGCCUCUGAUAAACAGCAAGAGCUUUUGGUCUCUCUUGCUACAGUGAUAUUUGUUGCCAGCCAGAAGACUUUAUCUUCUGAAAUUAAAACGGUUAUCAAACAACAGCUUGAAAAUGUCUCCAAUGGAUGGACAGCUUACAGGAUAGCCAGGCAAGCUUCCCGAAUGGGUAAUCAUGGCAUGGCCAAAGAGCUCUAUCAAAGCUUGCUAACUCAGGUAGCUUCAGAACACUUCUACUUCUGGCUAAACAGUUUGAAGGAAUUCUCCCAUGCAGAGCAGUGCCUAACAGGACUUCAAGAAGAGGAUUACAGUUCAGCACUUUCUUGCAUUGCUGAGUCACUAAAAUCUUAUCACAAAGGAAUAGCAUCCUUAACGGCUGCCAGUACCCCACUUAACCCCUUGAGUUUUCAGUGUGGAUUUGUCAAACUCAGGAUUGACCUCCUUCAGGCUUUCUCUCAGCUCAUCUGCACAUGCAACAGUCUCAAGACCAGUCCUCCACCUGCCAUUGCCACAACCAUUGCCAUGGCCUCGGGCAGUGACCUUCAGCGGUGUGGGCGCAUUUCCAACCAGAUGAAGCUCUCCAUGGAGGAAUUCAGGAACCUGGCUGCAAGAUAUGGAGAUCUCUAUCAAUCAUCUUUUGAUGCAGACUCAGCAACACUGAGGAAUGUGGAGCUACAACAGCAGAGUUGCUUAUUGAUAUCACAUGCAAUUGAAACCCUGAUUUUAGAUCCUGAAUCUGCAAGUUUUCAGGAAUAUGGCUCUUCUGGAGUGGCACAUGCCACAAGUGAAUACGAAAGAAGAAUGAUGUCAGUGUUCAAUCAUGUGUUGGAAGAAGUGGAAUCACUGAACAGAAAAUAUGCACCUGUAUCUUACAUGCACACGGCUUGUUUGUGCAGUGCAGUCAUUGCCUUGCUAAAGGUUCCCCUGUCAUUCCAGAGGUAUUUCUUCCAGAAGCUACAGUCAACUAGCAUUAAGCUCGCCCUGUCACCGUCUCCACGUAACCCUGCUGAGCCCUUUUUGGUUCAGAAUAACCAGCAACUGGCCUUAAAGGUCGAGGGGGUGGUCCAACACGGUUCCAAGCCAGGCCUUUUCCGCAAAAUUCAUUCAAUCUGUCUAAAUGUAUCUUCAACACCGCAGAGCAAAUCUGGACAAGACUACAAGAUGCCCAUUGACAGCCUGACAAAUGAGAUGGAGCAGAUGGUUGAGCCUCACAACGAUUACUUCAGCACACAGUUCCUCUUGAACUUUAUUAUUGUGGGCACCCAUAGCAUCACAGUGGAGUCCUCCGUUAGAGAUCUCAAUGGCAUCAUAUGGAAGACUGGACCCAAAACCACUCUGUUGGUCAAAUCUCUUGAAGAUCCAUAUUCCCAGCAGAUUCGACUUCAGCAGCAGCAGCAGCAGCAAGGACAGCAGCCGCCCCAGCAACCACAGCCGCCCCCACAGCAGCGAACGGCAUAUUCCCGGUUUUAGCACUCCAGACCACUCUUAUUAUUCAAAGACCCCAAGUUAAAGGCCUUCCGGUUGAUUUUGAUGCCGUUGUUUCCCUUCCCGACCUCAAAUGUGAGAUCCUUUUUCUUUUAUGGUGGGGUAGCCACAAUGAUCUUCGCUCUCCUUUUUUACUUGUGGCCCAUUCACACUACAGCAUGAUGGCUAUUUGAAAUACAGCCACGUGGAGGUAUUUUAUUAGCAGGCUGGUUGUGUGAAGUGUUAUUGCACACAGAUCCAUUGAAAUUGCAGUUUGUGGUGGGAUGGGGAGUGUUUCUAAAACUGAAUGAGACUUCUAGCUUCUUUUGUCCAGAUUCCUUUGGAAGGGUGUGGGGUAAUAGGGUCAUGGGGAGGACUGAACUCAUACUGAAGCUGUUUCUGGAUGGCUUCAGCACAGGUUCUGUGGUGGUGUCGUGAGCUGCAAUCUGAAUGCACAGUGAAAGCAUCAGCUAAGCACGUUAGUGUGACUUUGGCCCCUUCCAUAUACCUGGUAACUCGCAUUGCACCACACAAACAGGGCCAUGCCCUUCACGAAAGGACACUUUGAAGCCUGGAAUAAGAACAGCUUUAACUGAUCUCAUUUCAUGUGCACCUCUUGUUGGAGCCUCCUCCUGGGAAGACCGUGAGCAAACUGUAGAAUGUCUGUAGGAAUUAUACCAGUUGCAAUUCAGCAUAUUGGCUCUUCUAGUUAUACCAGGGUUGCUUAACCUUGGGCCCCCAGAUGUUGUUGGACUACAACUCCCAUAAUCCCCAGGCAAAAGCCACUGCAGCUGAGGAUUCUGGGAGUUGUAGUCCAACAACAUCUGGGGGCCCAGAUACGCUGAGUUAUACAAUUGCCACUGGAGGAACACAGAAUCCCGUGCUGUAGUUGGGCUUUCAGACCAGUUCAGGGGCAGUGCGUGUGUGUAAAACAAUUUGGGUUGUUCCCAAGCAUUAUACAAUACAUGUACACAUAUACAAAGUUUGACAAAAAUCAUAAGAGGCUGUGUUGUUUGCUAAUUUGGAAAAAUAUUAGGGCAUCAUUCCGAUUGUUGUUCUUUAUACCUCUGAAUCUCAUGGUUGCUCACUUCUGUUGCUUCUGCAUGUGCUUGGGAGACUCAAGAUUAUCUUGCCUAAAAGAAGACAUUUCAGUUUUGUUUGGGUGCUCGGGGCCCCCUGAAGUACAAAAAUAAAUCUCUUUCACCUUUUGAAA